GUUGUUCACUUCAUGUGAACGCGUAACGUUUUCUUUUCAUAUCUUGGGGGUCCCGAACAUACAUUAUGGUUCACACCGUGGUGUCGUUUCGGGUUCAGCGUAACACUGUGCCAUGCAUGGUUUUAUCACAAGGUGAUGUCAGGAUGGUAUCAGUCGUUGAACAGCUUGACAUAAUUUGAUCUGGUCAGACGAUGUAUCUCAGAGACAUAUAUUUGAUAUGGUUCAGAAGAUGCCAUUCAGAUCUAUUGAAAUAUAUCGACGCGGUGAAAUAAGGGCUCAAAAAGAAGGGAAAAUUGUAUUGUAGAUAGUUUUAUAACCUGGCUUGGUCUGUUUCUCUUAUCUACCGCCAUGUACCUUCUACAGUUACCAACAGAGGUGUUGACUGAAACUCUGUUAUACUUGGACGACGCUUCUUUGACCACCGUUGCACUAUGUAACAAGCGACUUUCACAAAUCUGCUCGUCGGAGAUUCUAUGGAAAAAAUUAAGUGCUUCGUUUAGAAUUUCGGAUCGGGAGCAACCUCCUACAUUUUCGUACAAGGCGCUGUACCAAAAAUUGUUGACAAAGUAUGCCUGGUUGUUGGGGUUAUGGCAGUCCAAUCACACCUACCACGGCUCUCUACUGCUGGUUUCCUUCGAUCCAGACACGGCCUCUAUCCAGGGAACCUUGGUGCGGGCACAGGAACAAACACCUGGACAAGUCAACGUCUGGUCACUUGACCACGGCGUGGUGAUCAUUGACCCCAAAUUCCACCAAUACCGACAAGACCUCUUUCGUAUCUCUCUCGACCCGGAGGGAAAUGUAUUGGUUCAGCUGCUGCAGCAAGGAUUUCAAUCUAUUCACUGGGAAAAUAAUGUCAAUAUUGUCGAGUGUUCGUUUGAUAACCACGAUGACUGCCCUUACCUGUGGUCGUCGGUACGAACCGCUAUGCGCCAUAACACCGACCGAAUCAUAGAACCACCCAGUAUGCCUCGGAAGCAAUCCACUCGGGCAUUCACGUUCAGCUUACCCGCAGACGAUGUAUCCGAGGUCGGCAGUCUAAACCGUUCACAAAUACCCACGCAAUCCACUUCGUCAGCAAGAAAACUAUUCCAUUGGAUGGGCACUUCGAACGCAUGGCUUCAUGACCUUCCGCAAUUUUGCAAACUACCCAGCUCGCUGACUCGAAUUCAAGAUGCUAUCAAACCGAGUCACUUGAACGUCAAUUUGCUGAAGCAGAUGUCUUCUUUCCAAGUGGACAAGUAUGAUGGAUUUCCAGAGGGUCUGUUCAGGAGUUAUUAUGGUUCCCACGGGCUAGAAUACCUGAUCAUUAGACACGACAAGAAGAACCACAAACUGGUCUGUCACAAAGUCACGGGUGACCUUAACAUCCCUCGAAGCGAAAUUUCUUGGCUUGUGCCUGAUACAAGCCAGCAUUCACGCGUAUGUAUAGAAGAGGAAUUUGCUUCGGCCCUUGCAUAUGAUGCUCUAGGUCAUGUAGCAUAUCAGGGCUUUAGUGGAGAACGUAUGAUUCCUGCUGAACUCAUUAUUGUCAAUCAAGACAAACUUGCGCUACAUUGGAGAGAUCUGCUACAGAUCAUUAUAUAUAAUAGAUGUACCUUGGAAGAUUUCAACCAAGUUUUAAUGCAAAAUUCCUCAUGGUAGUAGAGGCAACCCAUUGAUUAAGUAAUGAUAAUAUUGAAGUAGAUAUAUUUUCAUGCGAGAGGUAUUGGCAUACAACGUAUGUUAUAGAAAGCCUUAACCUGUAUAUAUGUUAUGUUAAUAGAAUGCAUCUUUUUUCAAGAAA